UGUAAGCCUGGGGACGCCCAGCGUUUCCUUCCCGUCGCGUUACGGACCUGUGCGCGGGCGCCCGGCCUGGGACCUGUCCCGCCUGGGACCUCAGUGCCUCCUGCGCUGAGUUGGCGCUCAGGUUCGGAACGAGCUGCCCGGCCUGGGAGGAACAACGCUGCGUGAGUGCUGCGGAACUGCCCUGCUGCCUUUGGAAAGGAAGACAGGAGCUUAGCCUGAACUGCGCUCCGAACGGGUCAGCCAAGUGAUGGUAUUUAGGCAGACGCUAAAUGCUAUGAAGCCGUACACUCCAGUUUUCAUCCUCCUGUGGAGCGCUGUUGGGAUAGCAAGGGCUGCCAAAAUUGUUGUUGUGCCGCCAAUUAUGUUUGAAAGCCAUCUUUAUAUUUUCAAGACUCUGGCCUCAGCCUUGCACGACCAAGGUCACCAGACAGUGUUUCUCCUCUCAGAGGGCAGAGAGAUUCCUCCAUCUAAUCACUAUAGACUUCAGCGCUACCCAGGGAUCUUUAACAGCAGCACAUCAGAUGACUUUCUCCAGUCCAAGAUGAGGAGUAUCUUCUCUGGGAGACUGACGGCCCUGGAGCUGUUUGACAUCCUGGACCACUAUUCAAAGAACUGCGACAUGAUUGUUGGCAACCAAAACCUCAUGCGUACCCUGAAACAGGAAAAGUUUGACCUGCUCCUGGUAGAUCCCAAUGAGAUGUGUGGAUUUGUUAUAGCUCACCUUUUAGGGGUUAAGUAUGCCGUCUUUUCCACUGGCCUCUGGUAUCCAGCAGAAGUGGGUGCUCCAGCUCCACUCUCUUACGUUCCAGAAUUUAACUCACUACUUACAGAUCGCAUGAACCUAUUUGAGAGGAUGAAAAAUACUUUUGUUUAUCUUAUUUCAAGAUUUGGAGUCAGCUUUUUGGUUCUGCCAAAAUAUGAAAGGAUAAUGCAGAAGCACAAGGUUCUGCCAGAACGAUCUAUGUAUGACUUGGUUCAUGGAUCCAGCCUGUGGAUGCUUUGUACUGAUAUAGCACUGGAGUUUCCAAGACCGACGCUACCGAAUGUUGUUUAUGUGGGAGGAAUCCUAACCAAACCGGCCAGCCCUCUGCCAGAAGAUCUCCAAACAUGGGUGAACGGUGCUAAUGAAAAUGGCUUUGUUCUCGUGUCGUUUGGAGCUGGAGUGAAAUAUCUGUCAGAAGACGUUGCAAACAAGUUAGCACAUGCUCUGGCAAGACUGCCACAGCGAGUUAUUUGGAGGUUUUCAGGAAACAAACCAAGGAAUCUAGGCAACAAUACAAAGCUUAUAGAAUGGUUACCACAAAACGACCUUCUUGGUCACCCUAACAUUAAAGCUUUUCUUAGUCAUGGCGGUUUGAACAGCAUUUUUGAAACCAUGUAUCAUGGGGUUCCAGUGGUGGGAAUUCCCCUUUUUGGAGACCAUUACGAUACUAUGACCCGAGUGCAGGCCAAAGGCAUGGGAAUAUUGUUGAACUGGAAGACUGUCACUGAGAGUGAAUUGUAUGAAGCACUAGAAAAAGUUAUUAAUGAUCCCAGCUACAGGCAACGGGCUCAGAGGCUGUCUGAAAUUCACAAAGACCAACCUGGUCAUCCUGUUAACCGGACUGUGUACUGGAUUAACUACAUCCUCCGUCACAAUGGAGCGCAACAUCUACGUGCCGCUGUUUACAACAUCUCUCUAUAUCAGUAUUUCUUACUGGAUAUUGCCUUUGUUGUAUUAGUGGGUGCUGCCUUAUUUUAUUAUAUUUUGGCCAAGCUAACAAAAUUUAUCCGCAAACAAAGCAAACAUAUUUGGUCAAAUGAUGAACAUAGCACUGUUAAUGGACAUUACCAGAACGGGAUACCAAAUGGCAAGCAUAGAAGAAAUGGCCACAUUAAGCAUGAAUAAAAGGUGAAAUGAGCCAACCCCUCAUGUAAAGUAAUUGAGUUUUAUCGCUGUAACUUAGUCUAACAAGUACUUAAAACAUCAAUAAGCAGUUCUAACACUCCCCUUCAGUAUGUAAUAAUAUGUGACAAAAUUCUAUGGAACUAAGGAACGUAUUUGAAAAAAAAGAAA